GCCCGACGACUUAUGUAUAUAGCUGCGUGUGCAUGUGUGCAGCCACGAGACGUUCUCAGUCAAAAGAGAGCGCCGGAGACUACUUGGAUUAUACGCCAGUGCGAGGUCGCUCUACCUGUAGUACUACAGGCACGGAAAUCGACGAGAGCCCCGAACUUCUUGGCCUGUGCUGCGCUGCGCUGUGUGCGUCUGCAUGAGCUGAACGGAACGGCAGCAGCAGCACCACCACCGUCCACCACCACCACCACAGCUACGGAUUUCGAAGCCGCCGCCGCCGACGACGACGACAACGACGAGAUCGCGCGGAUAUAUUGACAAGCUAGGCUGCUGGCUGCCUCUCUGCGUGUGCUGCCGUAGUGUGCUGCUGCUGUGUGCCGCGCGCGUGAAAGACGAGACCAAGACAGAGGAGAGAGAGAGGAGAGACACACAAGUCGAAAUAUAGACCGCGCUGUGCUGCUGCUGCUAUAUAACACAGCACGAGGCACACGACACUUUUUUUGACUCGCAUAAACACUUUUUUUAUAUUAUACGCGUAUAAUAUAACAUCGGUUAGCAACAACAACGACGACGACGACGAGGCUAAGUCAAUCAAGCUGCCACGAUGACGACGACGGAUAUCACUCAGUUCCAGCAACUGCUCGACACGCUCUUGAGCACCGACAACGAAGUCCGGGCCCAAGCUGAGGAAGCCUACAAAAAUAUUCCAAUUGAAGCCAAGGUUCAACUCUUGCUUCAAUUUAUAUGCGAUGGCUCAGUCCCUGACGAACUCAGAGGAAUGGCAGCUGUUUUGCUGCGACGACUAUUCUCUGCAGAGUUCACGGACUUUUACCCAAAAAUUGAUGAGAACGGUCAAGCAACGUUGAAACAACAAUUAUUGAUCGCUGUUCAAAAUGAACAAUCACCAAGACUGCGACGUAAAGUUUGUGAAGUAGUUGCAGAAGUGGCCAGAAACUUGGUUGAUGAGGAUGGCAACAACCGGUGGCCUGAAUUUCUGCAAUUCCUCUUCCAGUGUUUCAAUGGACCUAAUGCAUCACUCAAAGAAAGCGCACUCCGCAUGUUCACGUGCGUUCCUGGGGUGUUUGGCAAUCAACAACAAAACAACUUGCAAUUGAUUAAACAAAUGCUUUUAGUAUCAAUCAAUGAUACGGCCAACUAUGAUGUUCAAUUCCAAGCUGUAAGAGCACUUGGAGCAUUCAUCCAACUCCACGAAAAAGAGCCAAAUAUUCAGAAACAUUUUGCACAAUUAGUGCCACCCAUGGUGGUAGUAAUUGCUCAAUCAAUUGAAAAACAAGAUGAUGAUGCUUUACUUAAAGUUCUUAUUGAUUUGUCGGAAUCAGCCCCAAAAUUUUUGCGGUCAUCUCUUGAAGAAAUUAUGUCAGUUUGUAUGAAAGUAUUCUCCAAUGAAGAGGUUGAAGAUUCCUGGAGACAAUUGGCGUUGGAAGUUAUUGUUACUCUUUCUGAAACUGCACCAGCAAUGGUCCGAAAAGUUGGUGGAAAGUACAUAGAAGCAUUGGUACCAUUAGUACUGAAAAUGAUGGCUGAUCUGGAUGAAGAUCCAGAUUGGAGUGUUUCCGAUGAAGUUAUUGAAGAGGAUAACGACAGCAACAAUUUGGUAGCUGAAAGUGCUUUAGACAGAUUAGCUUGUGGUCUUGGUGGAAAAACCAUGUUACCACAUGUUGUUUCUAAUAUUCCUACCAUGUUAAGAAGCCCAGAUUGGAAAUACAGACACGCUGCUCUCAUGGCUGUUUCUGCUGUUGGUGAAGGUUGCCAUAAACAAAUGGAAAGUAUUUUACCACAGAUUAUGGAAGGAAUCAUGCAGUACUUACAAGAUCCGCAUCCAAGAGUCAGGUUUGCUGCUUGCAACGCAAUCGGUCAAAUGUCAACCGAUUUUGCACCUACUUUUGAAAAGAAAUUCCAUGAAGUUGUCAUUCCUGGACUCCUUCUCGUCUUGGACGAUGUUCAAAACCCUAGAGUGCAAGCUCAUGCAGGUGCUGCUCUCGUCAAUUUUAGCGAAGAUUGUCCAAAGCAUAUUCUCAUGCCUUACUUAGACGCUAUCAUGGCUAAGCUCGAAGAGAUAUUGACAUCCAAAUUUCAAGAGUUAGUUGAGAAAGGCACUAAAUUGGUUCUCGAACAAGUUGUCACAACAAUCGCCAGUGUUGCAGACACUUGUGAAGAACAGUUUGUAAAAUAUUAUGACAGAUUAGUGCCAUGUCUCAAGUACAUAAUUACAAAUGCAACUAGGCCAGAGCAUAAAUUAUUGCGUGGUAAAACCAUUGAGUGCGUCAGUUUAAUUGGUUUGGCAGUUGGAGCAGAAAAGUUCACUACUGAUGCUAGAGAAAUAAUGGAUUUACUUAUAUCAUCACACUCACAACUGCCGGAGGAUGAUCCCCAACUGAGCUACUUGAUAUCUGCUUGGGCACGUCUUUGCAAAAUCCUUGGAAAGCAAUUCGAGGUGUAUUUGCCUCUUGUGAUGCCAACUGUUCUACAAACAGCUGCUAUGAAACCAGAAGUGGCUCUUUUGGAUAAUGAAGAUAUGGAAGAUGUCGAAGGUGAUGUUGAUUGGCAAUUCGUCUCCUUGGGUGAACAACAAAAUUUUGGUAUCAAAACUUCUGGACUUGAGGACAAAUCGUCUGCCUGUGAAAUGUUGGUAUGCUACGCUCGAGAAUUGAAAGAAGGUUUUGCAGAAUAUGCCGAAGAAGUCGUGAGGCUGAUGGUACCAUUACUCAAAUUCUAUUUCCAUGAUGGCGUUAGAACCGCUGCUGCUGAAAGUUUACCACCUCUUCUCGAAUGUGCUAAAGUUAAAGGUCCACAGUAUGUAGAAGGUAUGUGGAACUACAUCUGCCCAGAUCUUUUGAAAGCAAUAGAUACUGAGCCAGAAGCAGAUGUUUUGUUGGAAUUGUUAUAUUCUUUGGCCAAAUGCAUUGAAACUCUUGGAGCUGGUUGUUUGCCUGCAGAACCAAUGAACGAAUUACUGCGCAUUCUUGAAAAACUGUUUAAUGAGCAUUUUGAAAAAGCCGUUGCUCGUUUAGAAAAACGCAAAGACGAAGAUUACGACGAAAUUGUUGAGGAGCAAUUGGCUGAUGAAGAUACAGAAGACAUCUAUACUCUCAGCAAAAUCGCUGAUAUUUUCCAUGCCUUAUUCAUCACUCACAAAUCCGCCUUUUUCCCAUACUUCGAUCGAAUGGUGCAAUAUUUUGUAAAAUUAUUACAACCUGAUAGGCCAUGGUCUGAUAGACAGUGGGCAUUAUGCGUUUUUGACGAUGUAAUCGAAUUCGGUGGUCCUGAAUGCUAUAAGUAUAAAGAUUGUUUCCUUGAAUUUAUGAUUCAAUACGUAACUGAUAAAUCUGCAGAAGUCAGACAAGCUGCAGCGUACGGUUGCGGCGUACUUGGUCAAUACGGUGGCGAAGCAUUUGCCCCAGCUUGUGCUCAAGCAAUUCCCAAACUCAUAGAAGUGAUACGCGAUCCAGAGUCUAGAACCCCUGAAAAAAUCAAUCCAACAGAAAAUGCUAUAUCAGCCGUCACUAAAAUUCUCAAACACAAUAACAAUGCCAUCAAUGUGGAUGAAAUUUUACCACUUUGGUUAUCUUGGCUGCCAGUCACAGAAGAUGAAGACGAAGCACCACAUGUAUAUAGUUACUUGUGUGAUUUAAUAGAAGCGAAUCAUCCAGUUGUGCUAGGACCAAAUAACACAAAUCUACCAAGGAUCAUUUCCUACUUUGCGGAGGCUCUAGUGAGAGAAGUGGUAGCUCCUGAGAACCCAACUUACAGAAGGAUGCUCGAUAUUGUUCGACAAAUUGAGAGGAGCAACCAAGCAUUUUUCAACGCGUGCAUUCAAAAUCUAACGGAAUUACAAUGGGCGACAUUACAGGAAGCCGUCGCGAAACCAACGAAUUGAAACAUACAUUAAGAAAUCACUUUUAAAGCCUUGGCUUACGAAAACAAAAUUUUUCCGGUUUUAAUGUAUCAUAGAAUUUGAUAGAUGAAAAAAAUUAUUUUGUGGAUUAUUCGUACGCCUAAUAAAUUAAAUUGAUUUUUUUGCUUAUAAUAGGUAAACCAUAUACGAUGUACCUACUUGAAGCAAAAAGUGUUUGUAAAUUUUAUGUCUCGAUUUAAAAAUGCCUAAGCAACUAGUAUACAAUAAUACUACUUCAGGUUCGAAAAAAAUAAUCGAUAUUGAUGUAAUAAUUAUUUAUUAUAUCUUUAUCUUUAUUAAUAUACUGUUAUUGUUGAUUAAAUAUUUCUCUUUGAUGAGUAAGUGGCAAAAGUUUCUCUCUUGGUGAUAAAGAGUUCUUGUCACAAUAACAGUCUCCAAAAGUCUAAAUUCAUUGACGUUUAUAAAUUCUUGUAUUUAUUUCGAUUGAGCUGAAAAGCCGGAGUAAUUUUUACGCGAUUUAUGUUUCUAUUAUAGAGAAAUAGUAUUUUUUGUAAAAAAAAUUAAUUAAAAUAUAAAAAAGAAAUAAUUCUACGUAAAUUGAAGUUUCUGAUAGAAUUGCGCUGAAAUCAGUUUUUAUUACUUUACUGUUACUUUUGUGAUUGGUUUUUUUAUAUUGUGCUUUUUUGUAUAAAUUUUUUUUUAUUUAAGUUGCGACCUUGAACUCAUGAUGAGCUUACUAAUUUCUUUUGCAAAUGUACACUUAAAUACCGAUUACCGAUAUACAUACCACUCGACUUUUAUAAAUUAUAGUGCGCCUCGAUAUGAAGAAACCGAGAUCAUUAAUACAUUAUUAAAAUUUACGAGUUCAGUGAAGUCUCAAUUUAACAGAAUGCCAUGAUGAAACGUGUUUGCCAUUGCACUAAGAGAUGACAUUGAACAUUGUGAUUUAGAUAUUUUAUCUUUAAAUUUAGAUACCUAUCCAAUAAAUGUUAUAAAAUGAUAAAUGUAAAGAACUACGACUGAUUUUUUAAUGAAAAGGGGUGAUUUAUUAAGGCAGAAAGUAUACCGUUUAUGUUGACAUAGUGCCUCUAUAACAAUUAUCUUCUUGAAAAUAAAUAAUAAAAAUGGCAAUGAAUUAAAAGUUCAAAGCACUAAUCGAAGAUAAUACUUAAAAUUAUUUGUUCCAUUUACCUACAUAAUGAAAAUAGAUUCAAAUCAACAUACGUUUUUGGUGCUGUGCACUAAUUUUUUCAAGUUUAUCACUUUUACAGUAAAAUAUAAACAGCAAAUAUUGCAAGAAACUUGUUUCAAAUACAUUACCAAAAUAUGACGUUAAAAGUAACCAAGACGUGUAUGAAGUGAGUGAAUUCAUAUUUUAACUAUGCUUAUUGGUACUAAAAAAUAUUUCUUUCAUACCGCAUAUUUGUGAAAACGAAUCAAUAUAUUUUUUUAAUAAAAAAUUAUUUAUGGGAUCAUAAAAAAUAAAUUAACAAAGUUACAAAAUGAAAAUAGCAAAGUGAGAUAAUUGAAAAAAUUAACAUAAAAUAAGAUAUCCAUAAAAUACGAUAGUUAAAUUGAUAAUGCGUCUUCUAGAAUAAAUUUAGUGGCAAUUCUAUCUAUGUACAUAUGAAGAAAAAAUCAAGUCGAUUUAAUUGUAAUGCAUUAUAAACUCCAAUAAUUCAGAUGCGCGACAAAUGGAUAUUCGAAGUGAAACCUGCAAUUUUCGUCAAACUUCGAUUUUAUUCACAUUAUAUUCGAACGUAUGUCACCCUAAAUAUAAAGAUGAAAAAUAUGUUGAAUAUUUUAUAUUUAAUACUGACGUCGAUAUCACUGUUUAAGUUUUUGAUGUUACUUUAAGCAAUAAUAACUGUUUGGGAUAAUAAUCAUGCCGCUUUUUUUGCAAAAAUCACAUGGUGAAUCUCCGAGUUGUACCAUUGCUAUUAGCUCUCAAUUUGCUGAUUUUAACUUUGCUUGAUGCGAGGACUACUUGUACAUAUUGAAACGAUGUUGUAAUGACUGUAUUAAGUGCGAUCGAGGGUAAACAGUUAAUACUUAUAAAAAUAGAAUUGUGCGAAAGGAAGGAGAAAUUUUUUUUAAUACUACGAACGUUGAAGCUUAAAAUCUUGAAAAUCUAACAAAAAAAAAUGUAAUCCCCGAUAUACAUUAUAGUUGAAUCUUGAAUGAAUUAACAGGCAUUUUAUUGAGAUGUUGACCUCCGUAAUUUUUCUUUUAUGUUUACGUCUCGAUUAUUGUAAAUAUUGAUAAAAGUGUUGAUGCAAAACUAAAAUCGAAUUUAUAUCGUUAAUUAAUAUCUUUUUCACGAUUGUAAUAGUGAUGAAUCUCAUCAGCAGUUAAUUAUUAAAUUUAAUAAUAGUUACAACAAUCGAAAAGUUGAUAUUACCACAUUAGUAGAUAUGUUACGCAAUUAUGUUUAAUUCAUUACGAGAGAGGUACUUUUUAAAGAGUAUUCAUCGGCGUAUCUUCACUUGUUGAAAACUAAAAUUACUUUUUAAUUUUUUUUACGCAUUAUCUUUAAACAUACGAAAUUUAAAUCAUAUAAGCAUUGUUUGAUUUCAUUAUGCAUCGAAAUAAAUAAAACAAUCGUAUUAUA